AUGCUUUCCUCGGGCCUUAACAAGAUUUUGCUUGGUGCCCUCGCCCUCGCGACCGCAGGAAGCUGCACUCUGUGGACUCCGUCAUCCGACGCUGCCUGCAAAGCCAUCCAGCUUGCUCUGCCUCCUGGGCGCGUUAACUAUCCCGACUCUCCCGCCUACGCCAAGGAGAACAAUUACUGGUCCAGCCGCCAGACCGACAACAUCGCACCCGCCUGCUUUGUGGCGCCUGUGAAUGCGUUCGAGGUCGCUACAACCGUGAAGUUGCUUGUCUCGCUGAAUACCCAGUUCUCCGUCAAGGGUGGCGGCCACACCGCUUUUGCAGGCGGCUCCAACUCCGAUGGCGGCGUCACCAUUGACCUGAUGUACCUCACUGCCCUCAACGUGGCAUCGGACCGUAAGACGGUAUCGAUCGGCGCUGGAAACAGAUGGAUCAACGUCUCGCAGGCCCUCGAUACGCUGGGGCUCGUUGUCGUGGGCGGCCGUGUGGCUGACGUGGGGGUCAGCGGUCUGAUUCUCGGCGGAGGUAUAUCGUACUUCUCCGGGAUGUACGGUUGGGCCUGCGACAACGUGCGCAACUACGAGGUCGUUCUCGCUUCCGGACUCAUCGUCAAUGCGUCUCCCACUAAGAAUAAGAAUCUGUAUUGGGCGUUGCGCGGCGGAGGCGGCUCCAACUUCGGCAUCGUGACUCGCUUCGACGUGGCGGCGUACGAGCAACCAGGCGGCAAUAUCUGGCACAACAGUCUCAUCAUCCCCGGCGCAGCCACCGCCUCCGCCAUCACGGCGUACCAGAACUUGACGGUUAACGGCAUGCCGGCCGACAACAAGGCCCACAGUUACAUGGUCCUGACGCAUAUGGAUAUGCUGGGUGGUUACGCUGUGAUUAGCGACCUGUUCCACGCAGACUUGCCCAACACAUCGGAUAGUGCGCAUGAGGAGGUCCCUGGGGUGUUCCAACCUUUCGAGUCCCUGCCAACCAUCAUGAACACCAAAUCCAUAGUCAACGUGUCGACCGUGUCUCGUGAGAUUGACGUCCCAUACGGCUCCCGUCAGACAUGGUGGGACACGACAGUCAAGGCUACGGAUGCUUCCCUUCUCCUCGACAUCGUACCUCUCUGGCAGGAACAUGUCGAGAAGCUUCUAGCCGCCGCUAAGGGCACUGCGGUGACCCCCUUCUUGGCGUUCCAAGCUAUCCCACUCAAUGUGCUGAAGGCAAUGGAGAAGAAUGGUGGGAACGCGUUGGGUCUGAAGCAGAGCGAUGGCCCCCUGAUGCUGAUCCAGUUGACGGCACAGUGGGCAGAUAGUGCGCUUGAUGAUCUGAUGGAAAGCAAUUCCGAGGAAGUGAUUGGUAAAAUCAACGACCUUGCUAAGAGCCGGGGUUUGAGUCAUGGCUUUGUCUAUGCCAACUACGCCGGUAAUAGACAAAGCGUGUUCGAGAGCUAUGGAGCGGAUAAUCACGCCAAGCUGAAGCAAGUCGCACUGAAGUGGGAUCCUAAGGGCACUCUGCGGAAGUUGUGGAGCGGAUACUUCAAGCUGUGA